AUGGAAGAUCCAUGGGGCUCGCCGUGGGCGACCGAUACCAACACAACCCUUGAGCCGACCAUUCCUCGUUCCACCCUCGAGCUCCCCGGCCGCACCCUCACCAGGCAACGCUCCUUUUCCACAGCGUCGCCGUGGGCCGCCGAAGACGAUGGCUUCGAUGACUGGGCAGCUGCAGACCCGGGCCUGGCAUUGCCCACCCCCGCCGCCACGUCAAGUUCAAUCUGGGCUGGAUGGGGCGGUGAAAAUGCGCCAAACUCGAGCCAGACAUCACUCGCGCCUGUCUCUAGGGCACGGGAGGGGAGUCUCGGAAUGCAUAGUCCCUCGUGGCCCGCUGCCGCCUCCCCGGGCCUUCCUCCAGCCAGGACGAUAUCGCGCAGGAGCAGUUCUCGCUCUCUAUUCCGCCAGCCCUCCCCCGAUCCGUGGGCUGUCGAGUUCUCGGAGAACCGACUCAGUCUCCCGACCCCGGCUCUGGUCUCGGCCGAGCAGGCUGCGUUCUUUACGCUAGACAGACACGAAGAGGAGAACGAAGAGGACAUGGCAAAGAUCAAGGAAGACGAGAAGGCUGAGGUUGCUGCACCAGAGGCCACAUCAACCCAGGAUUCUAAGACUACGCAGCCCUCAGAAAGGACUCGGGACGAAGAGGUGGGCCAAGUCACAAAUGCGGGCGAUGAAGCGGCCAAGAGAGAAAAUGAGGAGGGGACAAAUACCAGGUCUCUGAGCGAUUCUCGGCAUUCGUCGAUGUCAGCUGAAAGCCACCAUGACGACCGGCCGGACUCACCAAUCACCUCCAUGGACGAGGAUGCGAAGGACCGUCCUCAGAUGCCCAGGAGACCAUCGGUCAAGGUCCAGGAGCUGGUUCACAUGUAUGACGGGAUGGUCAAGCCUAAGGACAACGCGCUCUCGGUACCUAUGGCGCCUGGUGGCAGACAACGCAGCACCAGUCGGGGUGCGGCAAGUAUUCGCAGCACGAGGACGGAGGACAUCAGCGAGUUCGGCGACUUUGAAGAUGCAGAAAGCCUUGGUUCUGCCCCGCCGUCGAGGAAACCGUCGGUUGGCGGAUCCCCCCGUCCGGGUAGUUCCAGAGCUGGUCCCGCGAGAUCUGCCUUCAAUGCGAAACCUUCAGCCCCAGCGCCGAUACCCGAGGAGAGGUCACAUACGUUCCAAGACCUGCGCGCCAAGUUUGGACCUGUUGUGUUCACUCCAGAUCUUGGAAGCGUUGAUAAACUGUUCGAUAUGGCGAAGCUGGACGCAGAACAGCCAAGCGCCAAGGACUACAGUCUCGAUGUUGAGGGCAUUAUCAAGGACAGUUUCUCAUCCGUAUCAGAACGGAAAACCUGGUACCGGAUUUCUCGCCCUGGAUCCAUGCGAAGGCAUGAUCUGGGAGACGAUGAGAAUUAUCGUCGUGUGACUUGGCCGGUUUCGAAAAUGCGGGAAGAGACCAACAAGGUCGUGCGCCGGUGGAUGGAAGAGGGCUCGUUCUCGGGAGGUCGUCCGUCGUUUGGCGGUGGUAAUUCCAUCAAAGGCGGGGCGUUCAACUGGGAUACGAAGUCAGAACCAUUAUCAAUGGAUCAGAUCUUCGGCAAGAGGAAGAGCGCGCAGCCUCCAAAAGUUGCUUCCGCCAACGUGCCUCGCCCUCUAUCUCUACAGCCGAGGUCGGCCGCGGCUCACUCCCGCAACUUGUCCGGUGGCGUCAAGAGCUUACCUCCUCGAUCUCCAGGUGUGAGCAGUCUACCAUGUCCAUCACCGAUGAGCAUCCCGGGCCCACCGAAGAGUCCCGCCUUUGGCUGGAGCACCAUGACCGAUGAGUCGGGAACUCCUGCAUCUUCACGCCCGCCUAGCCGAGCUGUAAGGCAGUCCCUCGAAGUCACAUCGUCGAGAUUUGGCAGCAACACAGCCGUCAAUACUAGCAUCCAUGAGCCAGAGAGCAGGCCUUCUCUGCAGCUGGCCCCUCCGUCUUCAGCGCCAUCAGUGGGCUCAAACGCACUGGUGGAAGACGAGGAUGACGAGGAAUGGGGGGAGAUGGUAGCCUCCCCGAUGGGAAGCAGUCGGCCUGUCAGCCGGAUUUUCGACACGGGGCUGAAUAGCUCCAUGGCCGAGCUCUCCACAAAAGAUCCCUCUCCGGCGGCACCCAUCAAUGACACCGAUGCAACACUCGUUGCCGUUGCCUCGAAGCUCGAACAGGACGAAGCUCCUCAAAAGGCACACCAGCCACCCAUACCCUCGACUGACAUGUGGGACUUCUCGGCCUUCGACACGACCCUGGCUCCAUCAUUUUCACCCGUCGCUCCAACCGUACCCGCCAUCCCUGCCACCACCACUUCGAAACCAGAGUUCGACUUUGACACGCCGCUACAGUCUCCCGCUUUGAGUGGGCCUUCGAGGACUAGUUCACCGAUAUCAGCCUUCCAACUGCCUACUCCGUCCACACCAUCAGGCCCAAUGGCAUCCUCGAGUACUUCAUCGCCAGCCUCAUUCCAACUGCCCCCACCACCCACACCUCCUGUUUCGACCUCGUCAAAGCAUACGCCCAAGUCAUCUAUUAGCUCGCAACCAGCCUUGGAGCCCAUCCGACCAAUCUCACCCGCUGCAUUCCAAAUCUCUAAACCGCCAUCCCCCAAACAUUCAAACCGACCGUCACUUAGCUUGGGUCGACCAUCACCUUUACAGCAUGUCAUCACCCCGAAGGCGUCUUCCCCGAAACCGAUGAGCACAACCGUGCAUUCUGCGACUAUGCCUCCACCUGCGAAGAGCGUCAGCUUUGCUCAGCCCGACGAGGAGAGUGCCGCUGUAGCCCGUAUUGUGGGGGCAUUGCCUGACCUGUCAUAUAUGCUUCGUUGA